AUGAAGGGUUUUAAAUUAACUAAAUAUGUAGAAGUACAGUAUAAUAUAUUAGGAGCGAUAGUGGUAUUGCUGAUUUGGUUAGGUAGUUUAUAUUUCGGCAGGAGAGAACGCCAGAAUAGAAGUAUUAGGAUACGGGAGCAGACGUUAUUGAUUGAAAGACAUAUCGGGGAAGAAGAUAGAUAUGGUAGGGUUACGUGGUUGCCCGUGCAGGAAACGUUGCAGGGAUGGGCAAGUAAUGAAGAUUUAAAAUGGAGCGGUAAGGAAAAAGGAAUUGAAGAUGGAAGAAUAGGAAUACAUAGAGGUCUAGGAGAAUUUAUGAGGUCGUUUAGGACGGAAGGUCCGAGAAAUAGAAAUAUGGUAUGUUAUAAAUGUGGGUUAAAGGGGCAUAUAGCCAUGAACUGUAGGGACAUUAAAUGUUUUGAGUGUGGCCAAGGUGGUCACAUUUCGACGUAUUGUCCGGGUAAAAGAGAGAGAUUAAGAUGCUCUGGAUGUGGAAGAUUUGGACAUGCGGAGAAUGAUUGCAGAGUGGGAAGAGUGGAAACCAGAGGAGGAUUUCCCUAA